AUGACUAGUCUGCAUAAAUAUCGAUCAAUUUUGUUAGUUUUCGGUGGAACUGUUCUAACGGGAUGGUUGUACAAUAAGUAUUGGGUUAAUCGUCGAUAUUUAUCGACAAAUCAAUUAAUGAAUGGAAAAACAAUUUUAAUCACCGGUGGAAAUACUGGAAUUGGUUAUGAAACAGCCAAGGAUCUACUUAAACGAAAUGCUCGUGUCGUCAUCGCUUGUCGAAAUUUGAUUAAAGGUCGCGAAGCUAUUGAAAAUCUUCUCAAAGAAACGAAUUGCUCCAAAACAAAUCUUCGUUUAAUGGAAUGUGAUUUGAGUUCAUUGAAUUCUGUUCGAAAAUUCGCGAAAUUAUUCAACGAAGAAGAAAGACACUUGGAUGUGUUGAUCUGUAAUGCUGGUUUAGGUUAUUCUCCACAAAAACAAACGGAAGAUGGUUUCGAUUCUGUUAUUCAGAGCAAUUACCUUUCACAUUUCUUAUUGACAAAUCUUUUGUUAGACAAAUUGAAGAAAUCCGAAUCAGCAAGGAUUAUCAAUGUUUCAUCUGAUCUUCAUCGAUUAGUCAAAAAACCAAUUGAUUGGUCCGAUGCAUUUACACAAAGAAAUUCGUCGGGGAUGAUGGGAUCGUAUCCCGUGUCGAAAUUAUUUCAAAUUUUAUCAUCGUAUCAAUUUAAAAAGAAUUUGUCUGAUGAUGAACAUGUGAAUGUCUUUUGUUUGACUCCAGGUUUUGUCUCAACAUCAAUCAAAGAUCCAUUGGAAGAGAAAAUCGGAAGUCUCCUUUCGCUGAUUUAUUAUCCGAUCAUGUGUAUUUCUAAAUGGGUGUUCGCAAAAACUGCUCAAUGCGGUGCGCAAACAUCGAUUUAUUGUGCAGUUGAACCAAGUUUAGACAGAGCAAAAUCGUUAUACUUUCAAAACUGUGCUGUUUGCCAAUCCUCGCCAUUAAGUAUCGACCCUGAAUCGGCACGAAAACUAUGGGAUCUCAGUUGUCAAGCGAAGAAGAAAGAGGACGCCGUGCAGACGGCAAUAGAAUCAAAUAUAUAUGUAUGUUGUGUGAUAUGCGAGUUUAUUAUUACGCAUUUGUCGCUUGCAACUGAAAGGACGAGAAAAAAAAUCAAUAAGCGUUCUUCGUCUAUUAAUACAUUGAAAGAUGUUCAAAUCAUCGCACAAGACUGUUCAAGAAAAACAGGCAGAAACCACGAAAAUGUCCUGCUGAUCGGUCGAACUCGUACUGGCAAAAGUACAAUAAAAAAUGUUCUAGUCGAUCCUCGUAAGAUAGGUACAUCAUCGACACUCUACGCAGAAACACGAGUUGCUGAAUUCCAAUCAUAUAUCGUCGAAGGUGCAAAAGCUGACAUAGACCAAUCAACUGAUUCAAUAAAUACAGAAAAUGAAGGAGAACAACAACGCAAUGAAAAAACGAACACAAAUUUAGAGUUUAUGAAAGAAGAAGAAGCCGUUACUGUGUUGAAUAUCAUUGAUACACCCGGAUUAUUUGAACAUGGAUCGGCAUCUCACAAAAUCAAAGACAACGAAACGAUUCUUAACACAAUUGAAACAUGUAUCAACCGAGAAAUUACGAAAUUUCAUCUGGUUUGUUUCUGUGCGUCAUUCGAAUCCGGUAUUAACAAUGAAGAUAUAAAAUCUUUAAAACUCUUAAUCAAUUUUCUUGGAGAAGAUGUUUCCAAGAAUUCCUGUUUGAUCAUUACUCGCUGCGAAUCGAAGAGCGAAGAAGAUCGUAAGCUACUGGUCAACGAAAUCAACAGUGAUGUCCAUUUCAAGGAUAUUGUUUCGUACUUUCAGAAAGGGAUUUAUUUUAACGGUGUUUUAAACCGAGAUAAUUGGUCGCAGGGCCACAAGGAGACACUCGAACAUCAAUUCGAAACGAUUUGCGGAUAUCGAACAAAGUUAAUCAAGCUAUUCAGUACGGCAACUGAUCCAUACGAAAUCAAGAAUUGUGAUUUUACGGAAUUACGAAAACUUGCAGAAAGCAAUGAAGAACUUUUAGAGGAGAUCGAAAGAUUAAAAUCAGAGCAAAACAAUAAUAAAUUCUGUACCAUUUCAUAA